AGCAAUGAAGAGUCUCAAAACAUCAAAGUGCAAGAUUUAGAAAAACAAGUAAAAGGUUUGAGAGAGGAAGUGGAUGAUAAAACGGAAAAGAUGAAAAAUUUAGGAAAUGAACUCAUGAAUAAAGAAGUGAGAAUUGAAGAACUAGAAAAGCAAUUAAAGGAAAGGGAUGAAAGGAUAGAAAAAAUUCAAAAUGAUCUUUUGUGUAAAGAAAAAAACAGCGAAGAGAUGGAAAAAAAUUUUUUGGAAGAAAAGAACAAAGGCGAAGAUUU